AACAGAGUCUAUAUACAGUAACUUUUCUCUGAGAAUUGAUCAGAUAGCAGCAACUGAUGGAGUUGGGACAUAGAUGGUCUCUUCAAGGAGAAACAGCCUUGGUCACUGGUGGAUCCAAAGGGAUAGGGUGUGCUAUUGUGGAAGAACUAGCAAGAUUUGGUGCAGCAGUUCAUACGUGCGCCAGGAAUGAAGCAGAGCUGAAACAGAGUUUGCAGAAAUGGAGAGAUCUGAAGCUUCAGGUGACUGGUUCGGUCUGUGACGUCUCGUCCUCGGAAGAGAGGGAGAAGCUGAUAAAGGAAGUCAGCGCCAUCUUCAACGGCAAACUCAAUAUCCUGGUUAAUAAUGCAGCGUCUGCUUACGUUAAACCAGUUUUAGAGGUGACUCAAGAGGAAUACAAGCACAUCAUGAACACCAACUUGGAAGCCGGUUUUCAUUUGAGUCAACUCGCUCAUCCUCCUCUCAAGGCAUCUGGACGGGGCAAUAUCAUCUUCAUUUCUUCAAUUGCUAGUCUCGAAGGAACUUCUUUUAUGUCUGUCUAUGGAGCAUCUAAGGGAGCCAUGAACCAACUCACUAGAUGCCUCGCUUGCGAAUGGGCUAAGGACAAUAUUCGUACCAAUUGUGUUGUGCCCGGUGCCAUCAACACACCUAUGGCUAAACCGUUCUUUGAGAAUGAAGAACUGGUGGCGAAGUGGUGUCAUCGUACUCCGCUUGGGCGUGUGGGAGAGCCUGAGGAAGUGGCAGCUUCGGUGGCUUUUCUUUGCCUUCCUUCUUCCUCUUUCAUCACCGGUCAAGUGAUUGCUGUCGAUGGAGAUUGCACAGUGAUCGAGUGGGCAGAUCGACUGAGAGGUCAGAACAAUCGAGCAGGCAGAUCGACCAAGUGGGCAGAGCGUUCGAGCGGGCAGAUCAGUUGAGCGAACAAAUCAACUGAGUGGGCAGAGUGGCAGAUCAUGCCGAGUAGGAAAAGCAGAAAAGCAAUUGAUCGGGCUAAGUGACAGUGCGACUGAGUAGCAAAGUGGUUGAUCGAGCAGAGCGACUUAGUGGCAGAGUAGCCAGUGGGCAGGGUGGCCGAGUCAUAGAGUAAACUGAGUGUUCGACUGAGCAGACCAAUCGAUAUGGUAGUGUGGUCGAGCAGUCAGAUCGACCGACCAGGCAGUGCGAUCGAGCGAAUAGAGCAGCAGAUUAGGCCGAGUGGCUGACCAGGUAGUGUGGUAGACCAGGCAGAUCGACUAUUCAGGCAAUGCGGUCUAGUGAGCAGAGCAGCAGAUUAGGUCGAGUGUAGCAUUUUACCUUUAAUUUGGGGCAUUGAUUUUUGAU